AUGCAGAUCCUGGUUACCGCCAUUCCUCUUGCCCUCGUGGCAACGUUGUCGUUGACGGCAGCUCAACCCUUUUGCGGACAAUACCACCUGAAGGUCGUUCCCCCCUACACGGUCUACAACAACCUGUGGGGUCAAGCCGAUGAUCCAAAAGGCACCCAGUGCACGGAAGUCACCCGUGUUUCGGACGAGUCCAUAGGCUGGAUGACGCACUUUAACUGGACUGGCAGUCGGUACCAGGUCAAGUCGUUCGCCAAUGUAGCACUCACGUUCACGCCCGUGAAGAUGUCUCAGGUGGCGAGUAUACCGACGGUGAUUGAGUACAAGUACGAGGACGUCGACGACACCCUCAUCACUAACGUCGCGUACGACAUGUUCUUGGGCCCCCAGCCACAAGGGGAGUUCAAGUACGAGUUGAUGGUGUGGUUGGCCACUUAUGGCGGUGCCGCGCCUUUGGCCCGUAGCUACGAUCCCAUGGUGCCCAUCAAGGCGAACGUGAAGGUGGGGGGCGUCACGUUCAACUUGUACGAGGGAAUGAAUGGGGAUGUCACGGUCCUCACGUACCUCGCGACGAAGAACACCAAUCGGUUCAACGGAGACUUGAAGGAAUUUGUUGAGAAGCUCCCGAACCCGAAACUGCUCGACGACCAGUACUUGGUCAAAGCCGAGGCUGGCACGGAGCCCUUCCAGGGAAAUGCCACACUGGUCGUGUCGAAGUUUUCGCUUGGGGUCAUCCCGUAA